UUUAACAGGAAGUAAAUAAAGUGCCUUCCCGCGCAGUCAAAUCGGUUCAACAAGACGUACACAUUCACGGAAUAUCUAAUAAAAUGGACGAGCUUUACUUGGAUAACAUCGACGAAUUUGUCAACGACCACAACAAGAUAGUGACCUAUAAAUGGCUGAGUCUCACUCUCGGGGUCCAUGUAAACACCGCUAAGCAAAUGCUUUACCAUUACUUGGAUCACAAGAGGCAGGAAGGUUCAGCUCAGCUCCAUGCCACCUAUCUCGUGUCGGGGAAGUCUGUGGACAAUGGCCAAACGAGUCACAAGGUGUCCAUUGUCAAGGAGGACAAGUUGGAAGAUUUCAAAUCCAAGAUGAGCUUGGUAGUCAGUGUCCAUGUCUACAGUGUCCAGAAAGCAUCACUGAAAGACAGCGGCCCCCUGUACAGCGUUGACUAUGAUGCUGUGAAAGACAAUCUGAAGAACUGCAGCAAAUACAGUGCGAUCCGCUGUGCCAGCGCAGUGCCCAUGUCUUCUCUGGAGCUGCAGAAAAUAAGUGAAGUCCAUUGUGCUCCUACACCAGAGCCUGAACACAAAAAGUCUGGGAUGAAUGGAGAAGCUAAUUUGGCUUCAAAACCUUCCACCAAGCCGCAGAAAGGCAUCAUGGGAAUGUUAGCAAAUAAGACUGCUCCUAAGAACCAGGACAGUGGCAAAGACAUUAAGUCAGAGCAGAAGGAGGACGUGCCUGUGGUCAACGCCGCCAAAAGUAAACCAGCGGCAAAGGCCAAUUCAGUGAUUAACUUCUUUGGGAGUCAAGCAGCAAAGAAACCAGACAAAACUGUGAAGGAGGAGGAAGCAGCUCAGUCAUUAAAGCCAGCAGAGCAGCACCGUCAGAGUUCACAGCCUGAAGACAAAAAAGAAGCUGCUGCAGUGGAGCCGCCCAAAGACACUAAUAAAGACUCCAGGAGCAAAAGCAAGCGAAUAGAGGAUUCUGACAGCGAGGAGGAGAAAAUGGAGAAGAAAAAGCGCCGAAGGAUUAGGAAGCCUGAACCAGACAGCAGCGAUGACGAUGUCAUUCCAGAUUCUCCACAGCAAAUGGAAACAAGAGAGCCAUCACCAAGUCCUAAGAAGGAGAUCAAGUCUGUUUCACAUUCACAUCUGGGGCACUCUGAAACGAAGACGAGGAAGAGGAGACGAGUCCUGAAAUCCCGUAACUUCUUAGAUGAGGAAGGAUGCAUGGUGACAGAGAAAGUCUACGAGAGUGAAUCGUACUCUGAAACAGAAGAUGAUUUUCAGGCCACCAAACAAGCCCAAAAAGAUCCCAUCCCCGCAAAACUACCAGCAAGUCACAAAGAAGACCAGAAGAGAAGUCAGAAGAAAACAUCUGCAAACGCAAAUAAAGGAAAUAAACAAGCUUCCAUUAUGGGAUUUUUCCAAAAGAAAUAAUGGAGAACAACGUUAGACACUUUCAUUGGCACUGAGGAACAACACGCACUGCUUGCGCACGUUCUGUAAUGAUCUUGUAAAACUGAGGAAUGCAACUCACUUCUCAAAUGGACUUCAAGUACAUGGACGCGUCCACUUCAGGAUGACAAACGUUUUACUUUUCACCUUUAACAUUGGCAGCUGUAGUACUCAAUAAAUAUUAAAAACUGAAAUUAAACGUG